AGACCCCACCAGUCUUCUCUCUCAUCACCACUCCUUUAAAAUCAACUCCCUGACUCCUACCCCCAUUAAUGCCUCCAUAAGAAACUCCUCCCCCUUCCCAACCCAAUAGGGGAAAAAAUCGAUCCCAUUCCAUUCAAACUACAUUUCCAAUACAACAACAUUCAACACACAUUUUCCGGUCAGAAGAAAAAAAAAUAAAAACAAGCCCCCAUCAAAGCACAAGAACUCGAAGAAAUGGGCAAGAAAAUGAAAUUCCCAUUUCUCUUCAAAACCGCAGAAGAAGACACAACCACCACCAUUACCACCGCCGCUUCCUGGCAGUGGCCGUCCUGUGGAGCCAACAAAACCCUCUCUUUCCGAGCCCCCGGUGGCGACGUCUUCAAGACCAUGAACUCCGCCUACGACACCGCAACGGAGCCGGAGGAUCCCGGCGGCGGCGACCCGGUGGAGGCCGUGAUCAGUGGGUUGCGGACGGCGGAGCGGCUGUUUUUCGAGCCGGGGGAGACGAGUUCGAUUCUCGGGGAGCUGAAAACAACCGGUCAGGUGCAAAUUUGUCCGGACAAAGAAGAGAGCAGCAGUGGCAGCGGUGGCGGCGUGCUGGUGGCGAUGGACUCGAUGGACCCGUACGCGGACUUCAAGACGUCGAUGGAGGAGAUGGUGGAGGCCGAAGGGCUGAAGGAGUGGGAUCGGCUGGAGGAGCUUCUGGGCUGGUAUUUGAAGGCCAAUGGGAAGGAGAAUCAUGGGUAUAUAGUUGCAGCCUUUGUGGAUUUGUUGGCUGGUCUUGCUUUCAGCACUACUACGACUACUACUUGUUCUUCUUCUUCAACUACUUCGUCGGAUUCCGAUGACCGAAAUCGAGAUCGGUCUUUUUCUGUCAUUACUAGCACGGCUUGUUCUCUUAAUUCCCCAUUGUCAUUUUCUUCUUCCACUAGUACCACUCCUUGUUUGUCUUCUUCAUUGGAAGCAGAGGAUGAGAUUCAUGACAAAACAGUAGUGGAUAGUAAUGGAUGUUAAAUUUUGCGUCCAUGUGUAGUGCAAUGGUAGUAUUAAUGGUAACUUCAUUGACUCUC